ACGGUGGGGAAAAUACAUUCUUUUUUUUUACCUUUCUUUUUCGGCUUAACACACACGUUCUACCAUAUCAUUGUGUAUAAUAUGAGUGCAAAUCUAAAGAGUUCAGGCGUCGGUGAUGAUGAAGAACUAGUUGCAACUAAGACACCAUCCAGAGAAGAAGUUCUUCUUCCUAAGUAGCUUCUUUUCUUCAGUUUUGUGUUCAGCAAGUUGCCGAUCAGAGGAGCAUUGAACGGAACAAAAAGCCGUUUGGGAUAUACGGCAGUGGAAGACCAGCGCGUGCAAUGACCAGGUAGCCGUGACCUGUUGUUAGGUCCUGCCAUGGUACUAUGCAGGGAGCACGGGUGAUGAAGGUGGUCCUUCUUUGGGUUUUUUGUUGCUACGGGAUACUUUCAGUCAAAGCUAAUUCCCCGCCAAAGUUUGCCCUUGACGGGGCAAGCGAAAUUGUGGUUAAGGUUCGAGAAGGACCAGAUAGUAUUGGCAAAUUAUUGUACAGACUACGUGGUGAAGAUGCAGAUGGCGAUCGACUCACUUUCGGUGUCGUCGGUCCGGUGGGACAGGAAAUCCUUCGGUUCGAACGUCUGGGAGCCUCUGAAGCCAACGUCUAUCUCAACAAAGAACUCGACAGAGAGAUGGCCGAUUCAUAUGCAUUGGUUCUCACACUUACAGACGGACGCUUGGCCGAUGGGCAGUUUAUCAGACAUUCCAUGCUUAUUAUAGUAGAGGAUGUUAAUGAUAAUGAGCCCGUAUUUAAAUCAUUUAAGUCAACUAUAAAUGUUAAAGAGGAUUCUGCACCAAAAAUAUUAGAAACUGUAGAAGCUAUAGAUAGUGAUGCAGGACCUUUUGGCCAAGUUAUUUAUCAACUUGGUAAUGUUGAUAAAGAUACAUCCGAAAUUUUUUCUGUUCAAACAACUCAAGGAAAAGGUGUCAUAAACCUUAUUGGUAAAUUAGAUUAUGAAAGAAAGAGCCUAUACCAACUAAGGGUUUUGGCUAUUGAUCGUGCAAAUACUGGUCGUCGAAAUACAGCCACAGCUGCCAUCGUGGUCAAAAUAGAAGAUGUUGAAGAUCAACCUCCAGUAUUCAUAUCAGUCCCAUCUGUCACGAGAAUACCAGAAGAUUUGCCUAUUAACUCUGCUGUCUUAUCUGUAAAAGCUGUUGAUGGAGACCGAGGUGUUAAUAAUGCCAUCACAUAUAGAAUAUCUAAAGGUUCUAGAGGAUUGUUCUCCAUUGACCGUACAAGUGGUUUAGUGAUAGUUAGUGGAAAACUAGACCGAGAAAAUACUGAUAAUAGGAAUGGAGCAUUCAUUUUAGAAAUAGAGGCCCAAGAGGUGGCAUUGGGAGUUUUUCCAUCCCCCAGUGUGACUACAGAAGUUACAAUUAUAGUAACCGAUGUCAACGAUGAAACACCAACGUUUUUGAGUCGUCAGUACAUAGCUGAGAUCAAUGAAAAUGCUGAAGUAAAUGUUCCUGUCAAUCUUUUGGGGUCUAGUGUUGCUGAAGUGUUUGAUCACGAUCAGGGGAAUAAUGGCACCUUUAAAAUCUUCUUGGAAGGUGAUGAUGCUGUGUUUGACGUAACACCAUCCGAAGGCGUCAACGAAGCUUCUUUCCUUAUUAGAGUGAAAAAUUCAUUAGCUCUUGAUUAUGAAAGGAUACAAGAAUUCAAUUUUAGGAUUGUUGCUCAAGAAACUGUUCCAAUCAUGCCAAAAUCUAGUACAGCCGAUGUAACAGUAUAUAUUAGAGAUGUGAAUGAUAAUUUCCCUGAAUUUUCUGAGGAUGUGUAUCGAGUAUCCGUUCCUGAAAAUGCUGAAGCGGGCACUAUUUUAACAACUAUUAGGGCUGAAGAUAAAGAUUCAGGAGAAUUUGGAACAAGAGGUAUUCGAUAUACAGACCUCAGAGGACAAAUAGCUGACAAACUGCAAUUAGAUCCUAUUACUGGAGUUAUCACUAUUAAGAGCUCUGAACAUGGUAUGGAUCGUGAAACUACUGCCCAGUAUUUUGUCACUGUUGAAGCCAGAGAUAGCAAUGGAUUUGGAAACAGGAAUACUGUUCAGCUGGUGAUAUCUGUUGAUGAUGUCAAUGACAACACUCCCAGAUUUCUUCAACAGAAGUAUGAAGCAAGGUUAAAUGAAAAUGAAGAUAAUUUUUUAACACCAUUAAUUGUGCAGGCUCAAGAUGACGAUUUGAGAGGUUCUUCGAACAGUCAAGUAAGAUACCAAAUUGUUGAUGGGGACCGACACAAGAAUUUCAGCAUCAACCAACUGACUGGUGAAAUCCGGCCUAGGAACAUGGUUGAUUUUGAGAAAAUGUCAAAUGAAAACGGUGAUAUCAGAACAUUCCAGUUAAAAGUUAGAGCUUAUGAUCUGGGCACCCCAUCUCUUUAUAGUGAUGUUCCUGUUACAGUAUAUGUGCAGGAUGUCAAUGAUUUUCCGCCGGUAUUUGUGCAGCCCUAUUAUGGUAAAUCCAUUCCUGAAGAUAUAGAUCCUGGUACAUCAGUGGUGCAGGUAAAAGCCUUGGAUGGAGACCAUUCCAUGGCAAAUAGUCAAGUGGUCUAUAGAAUUCAGUCUGGAGCUCAAGACAAGUUUGUGAUUGAUGCAAAUACAGGUGUUAUCAGUGUUGCACGUGGGGCCAAUUUAGAUCCAGAUAGGACUAUACCUAAGUCAAAUUAUUAUUUGUUAGAUGUUGUUGCACUUGAUGGUGGUAUUGGUAUUGAACAGCAACAAAGUAGAGUACCUGUAAAUAUUUCAAUUAUGGAUGUUAACAACAAAGCACCAAAGUUCAUUGAUCCAAAACAGGUUACAGUGUCUGAAGACGCCCAAGUUGGAACAAUAGUUACAAGAGUAUCAGCAACUGAUGCAGACGAGAGGCCUGUACUAAGAUUCUCAAUAGACCAUCGUUCAAAUGAGGGCAGAACUGAGGAAGGGGCUUUAGUGACACCAACAGAAUUCAACUACAACAGCCUGUUUGCUAUCAAUGCUGUUGAUGGCACUGUAUCUGUAGCCAAACCUCUAGAUAGAGAAAAAAUGGAGAUAAUGAGGCUGGUCAUUAAAGUAGAAGAUCUUGCUGCUGCUACAAAAGGACAGACUUCAACGGCUACACUAACUAUAAAAAUUGAAGAUGUGAAUGAUAACAGACCCCAGUUUCAGAAACGGUAUUACAGACAAGCUGUUACAGAAAAUACGAAACCUGGUUCUCCGAUUGUGACUGUUGUAGCCGAAGAUGCAGACAAAAAUCGAUCUCUGACUUACUCUCUUCAGGGAGAUGCUGAUAUUAUUGGUCUUGUUGGAAUGGAUAAAAAAUCUGACACUACUGGCUUGCUGUGGCUUCAUCCAGUUACAGGAGAAAUGAGUGUAAGUAAUAAAAUAGAUCGUGAGAUGUUUUCUUGGCUAAAUGUAACUGUAAUUGCUACUGAUAAUGGAAUUCCUUCUCUUUCUGGUGCUGCUGAUGUAUUUAUUCAAGUACUAGACGAAAAUGACAACAAUCCGGUUUUUGUAAAUAGUGCUUCUGAUUUUUCUGUGGCCGAGGACAUUACGAUUGGGGCUGAAGUUGCUUUAGUUCAGGCAACAGAUGCUGAUGUGGGGGAAUAUGGAAAGAUCACAUACCUUCUAGACACAUCAUCAACUCAAGGGAGAUUCAAAAUAAAUAAAGAGACGGGUUCCAUCACUGUUGCUUCUCCUUUGGAUCGAGAAGAUAAAGAUGUAUAUACACUAGUUGUUCAAGCUUGGGAUAAUUAUGAUUAUGGUUUCGCUACUGGAGAAAGUCGAAAAGCCUUUAAACAAAUUACAGUGCAUGUUAUUGACGUGAAUGAUGAACCUCCUGUUUUUGUUAAGCAAGAAGUUUGUGCCACAGUGACUGAAUUCCACCGAAUUCGUGACACCAUUUUCAUGGUUUCUGCAAGCGAUGCUGAUGAUCCUCUCACUCCAAAUGGAAGACUUCAAUUCUCUAUUGUCAAUGGAAAUGAUGAAGGACUUUUUGGAAUUGAAAACCAAGACUCAAAUACAGCAAGAAUUGUUUCUCGUUAUUCUUUGAGAGGAAGAUUUGGAAAUUAUAGUCUUACACUACAAGCUCAAGAUUCGGGGAAUCCCCCUCUGCUCACUACUGCUCGAUUUCAAGUUUGUGUUACUGAUGUUAAUGAUAAUAGUCCUGUCUUUGUGAAACCACCUCAAAAUUAUACGAUUCGUGUCCUGGAGAAUGCAACUCUUGGAAGUAGUGUAGUUGAAGUGAGUGCAAGAGAUGCAGAUAUUGGUCUAAAUGGUGAAGUUAGAUACAGAUUCAAGAAACUGGCAAAUAAUCAUUGGAAAGCUUUUAAUAUCCAUGAAAUUUCAGGUGUGAUUACUGUCAAGGAACCCCUUGACCGAGAAAGACAAAAGGUGUAUGAGGUUCGAGUUGAAGCUUACGAUUUGGGACAGCCCACAUCUUUGUCAACAGAUCUUGAUUUAACGAUAUUUAUCGUGAAUGUGGAUGAUAAUGCUCCAGAAUUUACUGAAGAUAAUUAUGAAGUUAUUUUUACUGAGAACUUAGAAGCCGGAAAGGAAAGUUUCAAACUUAUUGCAACAGUCGACAAAGAUGAUGAUACAGGAUCUAGAAAGCCUAUACCCUGUUAUUUCAUUGUUGGUGGUAAUUAUUUUGGCCGUUUCAAAUUGGAUAUUUUCACACACCAACUGUAUGCCACUGAAGUUCUUGACAGAGAAGAGAGACAAAAUUAUACCCUCAUUGUUCAGGCUUCUGAUGAUUGCUUCCACCAGCCAUCACCCAUCCAGCAUUUCGACCCCAGGGACAAUUCACUGCUGCAGGUGCACAUUGGUGUUAGAGAUAUCAACGAUAAUCCACCCAGGUUCAUAAAGAGAGUGUUUACUGGAGGAAUAACAGCAGAAACUGAUUUCGGAACUGCAUUUAUGAUUGUCAAGGCUGUAGACAUGGACAUAGGCAAGAACUCUCUUAUUAGCUAUUAUAUAUCUGGAAAAGUACAAAUGACUUUAUCAGAGGGUUUGGAAGCUUUAAAAGUUUCUCCUUUCAUCAUUAAUAAAGACACUGGAGUGAUUAGUCUGAAUUUUGAUCCACAAAAGGGCAUGAAAGGCUAUUUUGAUUUCGAAAUAAUAGCAAAUGACACAGAUGGGCUUUUCGACACGGCCAGAGUUUUUAUUUACUUGUUAAGAGAAGACCAAAGGGUGAGAUUUGUGCUUAGACUCACGCCUGAGGAAAUAAGAGAAAAACUUGAAAAAUUCAGAGAAGUACUGAGUAAUAUCACAGGAGCAAUUGUUAAUGUUGAUGAAACCAAAUAUCAUGAGAACAAAGAUGGAUCCGUUGAUAAGAAAAAGAGUGAUUUGUAUCUCCAUUUUGUAAAUAGAGAAGAUAAUUCCAUAAUGGAAGUAGCAACAGUAUUAUCAUUGAUUGACAAAAAUAUAGAGUUUUUGGAUGAACUGUUCAAAGAAUUCAAUGUGCUGUACAGUGAGCCUGCUGACACUGCAAUUGUAAUUAAUAAUGCUGAAGUGCAAGUAAGAGCCUGGCUUAUUGGUCUUUCAAUAUUCCUUGCUAUAAUGCUUGUUUUGGUCAUUUCACUCUGUAUCACACAAAGAAGCAGGUAUGAAAGGAAAUUAAAAGCUGCAACUGCCACCGCAUUUGGUUCACAAGAUUCUGCUCUUAAUCGAAUGGAUGUUCCAAAUACCAAUCAACAUUCCGUUGAAGGAUCAAAUCCAAUAUGGAUGCAUUCAUAUGAUAAUGAGUGGUACAAAGAGGAUGAACAAAUAAGCCAUAAUUCAGGAGAUAACAACUCUUUGGAUGAAAAUGCUAUCUCUGAAAUAGGUCCUCCUUUAGAACACAAAGCUGGGCUACGCAAUCAGCAAAUGUCUCCAGUUAACAAUGAAAACAAUUAUGCUAUACCCACCAAAAAUGGAAUGCGCAGGCCGGCUCCUCGCCAUCCCAACUAUGGCGGCACAAACAUUCCACCAGCCAAGUUAAUUGCACCCAUGCACCACAAUAACAAACAGCACAAAAACGGCAGCCAUAUCAUAGACUCAGAUGACACCAGCUCGGGAUUACUGUCGCAUGACUCGCUGGAUACAAAAAGGCAAAAUGACCUUAACAAAUGCAAUGCUGUCUACAGCUAUGAACAAAUCCCGAAGUUGAUAACACCACCACACAUCACAAAUUUAGAAACAUCAGAACUUUGAUAGUUUUACUUAUGUGAUGUUUUCAUCCAUAUUGUACUGUAUUUAUUUUGAACUUAAGAAAAAGUAUUAUUCUUUCAUAAGUAAAUCAUACAGUGAAACCUGCGUGUAAGUUCACCUCUUAAGAUUUACGAAUUUGAUGGUCCACUUAAAACCAGUGUCCAACAUAUGAGAAGGUAAGGUGACUUUUUUUACCAAUUUGGUGUGUGAUUAAAUCAACUUAAACUGGUAAUCAACUUACUAUGGUGGUCAACUUAACACACUACACUGUAACAUCAUAAUCAUCAUUUGUAUUUUUCUACCUUGGCUUCAUGGGGCUCGAACUUUCAUGUACAUAAUUUACUGUGAGGUCCAGUUUUUGUAUUUCAUCUUCAUAAGUUGUAUUUACUAUUUCUUGAAAUAUGUAACAUGGCCUGUUUCUAAAUAUAGCAUUGAGUGAUAUUUUACUGCCAUUAUCAAUUAAUGAUUUGUUUACUAAAAUUUUUAACACAACAUUGUGGCAUUAUUAAUCGUUAAUUUUAGUUAUUGGUUGCUUUGCAUUUUUUUAAAUGUCACAAUUUCAUUUUUUGUAUUAAAUUACAUAAAAAGUUUGAAAUAUAAAACUGUUUUUUAACUGUAUAUUUUUGCUUUAUAUAUAAUUAAAAAUUAGUAUGAGUAAAUAUAUUCCAUUUUAUAAAAACUAUUUGAUUUUGUUUUUGAUUCUUACAAUUUUAAUAUGAUUUCAUUUUACAGUUUUAUUUACAAGCUUAUUGUUAAAUAAAUGUACUGUAAAUUAAAUUUAUAUGAUAUUUUUAUUUGAGUUAAUAAUUGCUAAAUGUAAAUAUUUAAGAAAUUUAUAACUGCCAUUAUUGGAGUAAAAUAAUACUUAAUUUUAAAAAAUGGAAAAAUGGACUAAAAUGCCUUUUAUAAAAUGUCCUUUCAAUUCAAUCAUCAGUAAUGGUGAAAUUUUCAAUACCUUUUUUCCCACUGGAAAUGUAUAAUCUUAUAUCAUUUAUUAUAGAUUUAAUAUUUCAUACUUUAAAAUAAAAAUAAAUUUUGCUACAUAUUUCACUUUAUUUUUUACCAUAUUUUUAUUUACAUAUAAUCUGCAUAUUUAUGAAUAUUCUAAGACUUUAUCUACAAGUCUUUCAAUUUUUAUUUUUGUAAAUAUUUCCAUUUCAGAAAAUAUAUUACAAGACAAUUAUUGUUAUUUUAAAUUAGGUUAUUUUCAACAAUUUAAUAAAAUUAAUCUAAUAAAUCUAACUAUAAUGUAAUAAUAAAAAUCGAUUGGUUUUUAUCAAAUAAUAUCAAAAUAAAAAUGUCAUUUAUUUGUAUUCAAACAUCUAUUUAUUUUGUAUUUUUAAAUUUUUGUAACCAUUUCACUAUUGAUAUAACUAUACAAAAUCUUACACAUAUUUUAAUCAAUUUUAUAAUUAAAAAAAGAUGUUUCAAACAAAUGGAUAAACAUCAAAUUACAAAUUUAAUCUACCAGUAAAUAAACUUUGAAAAGUUUUGGUGUCAUUUAUUUAUAAUUUAUGCCAAUACUUUUAAUCUAAUAAAACUUCAUGUAGUUAUACAACAUUUACUGAUGUGUGAUAAAAUCAUCCUUAACAUAAUUUACGUUAAUUUGUAUGUAAUACAUUUCUAUAUAUUGCUUUAUAAUAAAAUAUUUUAUUAGUUUUU